CGCCGUGCAGUAAGGAUGUUGUUAAUGGGUGGAUGUGUUAAUGAGUGGAUGUGUUAAUGAGUGGAUGUGUAAAUGAGUGGAUGUGUUAAUGGGUGGAUGUGUUAAUGAGUGGAUGUGUAAAUGCGUGGAUAUGUUAAUGGGUGGAUGUGUUAAUGGGUGGAUGUGUUCAUGGGUGGAUGUGUAAAUGGGUGGAUGUGUUAUCGAGUGGAUGUGUUAUGAGUGGAUGUGUUAAUGAGUGGAUGUGUUAAUCGGUGGAUGUGUUCAUGAGAACUCGUAGAGUGCUCCCCCCCCCUUACGGUGCAUCAGCACUGACGUCAACUUCUCCCGAAGUUCCUUCCAUCUUCUCUCCUUCUCUCCUCAUUUGCUCCACCCUCCCUCCUCCCCUGCUCUCGUCUUCUCAUCGCGAUUUGAUCAUAUUUUACACGUUCUCUGACUAUCCCAUCUUCCCCAUCUUCUCACCUCAUCUCCUCUCCUGUUCUCUCCCACCUCCCCCUCCUCUUCCCUUCCCUCAUCGUUUCUCCUCCCCCUCCCCUCUUCAUCUCCCCUGCCGCUGUCUCUCCGCGUUAAUCACGCGUCGUGGUCUCGGAUCCCCGGGGCUUGGGGCCACGUUCCCCGUCUCUAAUCCGAGCUCUGCUCAAACGAAUCUCGUAAUGAAGCCCGCGGCACGGAGGCGCAAUGGCCACGGACGCCCUAACCGCCUUUACUGCCAUGGAGACGGCGCCGCGGUGGAGGAGGAGGUGGAGGAGGAGGAGGUGGAGGAGGUGGAGGAGGAGGCUGCCGCCUUCACACGGCGAGGAGACGAGACCGGGCUCACAGGUCACAGAGGACCGACGGAGCGGCCCCCUGAGCCCCCGAGUCAUGGGGCCAAGUCCCCGAGUCCCCCAAUCUGUUUGUCGAGUACUUCAAUCAAGCAUCUGACUCCCUAAGUCCUUAUCCCGGCUCUCAGUCAGAUUCAUGAGGAUUGCAGUCAGAUAUCUGAGUCCUUCAGUCAGACCCCCGAGUUCCCCUCAGUUCAUUAUUCCGCCUCCCUGAAUUCCCGAAGUGAAAGGCCAAGUCCCACCUGAGUUCCUCAUCCCUACCUCCGGCAGCAGCUGUGGACCCUGGUUUGAAGCGGCGGGAGGAUUCAAGGGAGGUUUUCCUCGACUGAUGGAGCGACAUCGCAGGUAACCUUCACUCAAGUACUCUUAUCAAGAACUUUCUCAGGAAGGUGCGUCAUUACGCACGUGCGUUAUCAAUUCACUACUUAAUCAGUCAAGUACGUUGUCAGUCACUAGAAAUGUAUUUUUAAUCUGCCUCUGCUUGCUGCGAUUUGUUUUCUUUUCUUGCAAUAAAUAUAUUGUGCUCCAACCGAGGUUUUCAUAAAUACGAACGUCACUUGCCCUGGUGAAAGUGUAUCGCAGCCAUGAGCAAUGUAGCUCCACACAGAUAUCACGUGUGAGAGAGAAUAUCGUCAGCUUAUGGUCAAGAAUAAUAACGGAGUGGCAGCCAAGGGAUGAAAGGCGUUUAGAGGUCAACCACCUGGUGAUGUAAAUAUGAAAUGAGCUCGUGUCCAGGUACAGGGUGGGUUGUUGCAUCGCGGGAUCGUGAGAGGUUGCCACGACUUGUGGGGGGGGGGGGGGGGGUGCUUCAUCCAGUAAUAGAUUGACCAUGGUUUAGGAUUAUGAUGAUAAUGAUAGCGGAAUGCCGGCAGUGGUCACUUGGCUGAUGAUAAUCGGAAUGCUUAGAGUUAAAAUAAGUGAGCAGAGUUGAUGAGUUUCAGUGUGGAUGUCUUGGAUAUUAUUAUUUGCUUUAAAACCACCCUCGUUCUACACCGACAUUCCUUUGCGUUCAUGCUAUUUUACGAGUUAAAUCACCCAACUGUGUGGGAAACUUGUCAUAAAACUCCGCAGAGGCAUCACAGCGGUCCAUCACAGCGGACGCGAUGCACGAGUGUUCACAUUUCAUUGAAUUGAUGGGCAGGUUGUUUUCUCGCAAGCGCUUCGAGGCAAGUGGCGAGUUUUAGUUUGCAGUCCAAACUAGAGAAAUGUGGUCUUCCAGCAGCCCUGUGCAGUGGGGGGUUUGUUGAGUUGUCCAAACUCUGCUCGAUGGGUGACCAGGCAUAUGCAGAAGUGUAACCGCGAAUAUGAACCGCGAUGCAAGAGCAUAGUCAGGGCAGGCGAUGCCUUGAAACGCUGGUACGCUACACCCGUACUUCUCGCAACACCAGACACGUGGCACUCGAUACGGCACUAUUCAAAACGGUUCCUAUUCCUACACCACGAUGAUUCCACACAGGGAACACGACGACGGUGAACAUUGGCCACUGCAGGACGAACAUGUUUCAAAAUACCUUGACUUCUAUCGAAGUUUACAUUUCGACCAAUGUGCACAGAAAUAAAGUCACCGUAGUCGAAUAUAAGGACAAAUUCUGCUUUGAGGGAAAACUGAACGGAGGCCCCCUGUCCAACUUCCUCUCCUCUUUGUAACCUCACGACCGAGGCCCCUCCAGCCUGUGGGCUCCGGCGCAGCUACACCUCCUGCACACUCACUCGACAGCUACGCCACUGCCCGACAGGCAACGCGUUCGCGUAGAGAAGCCAGCAGUGGAAAGCGAGUCCCGAUCUUGUGCUCCACCGCUGCGCGCUCUCUCGUCAGGGAGUGACAUCGCGGCCCGAGCUCCCCUCGGCCACUGGAGACUUGAGAGAUAGAGAGAGGGCCUGCGUCACCGGCUCUCCUGAGGCCAUGGAGAGGCCUCCACACUCCCCGGCCGAACGGACCGCCAGUCUUAACACGCAUCUCAGUCCGUCAGGAACUCCUGAAGCGCCGUGGCGACACCAGCACGCAGGCCGUCCCUCUGCGCUGCUCCCAGGUGGCUGCACGCCAACACCAAUGCAGUGCGCCAUCGCGCUGCACGCUGGAAAGGAGGACCCGGUGUUCUGUGGAACGCCAGGCCACGGUGAGCUCGCCGGCCUGCUGUGUUCAUCGGUGAAGAACUCGGGCCACAUGCCCAGAAAGGAUGACCAGCUGGUCGAAAGCUGCGGGCAUCACACGUCUUCGCCAGAGAGCUCCCUGCUGGAGCAGGCACUGGGCAGUGCCAGUGCCCUGGAGCAGGUGCAGGCGCUGGUAGUGGGAGAGGUGUUCAGCGACAUCGCUGCCACCUGCAAGCUCCUGUCCAUCCCAGCAGGUCACCCACCAAACAUUUCGUCGACUGGCACGCUGCACAAUCAAUACCCUCCGCUUAAGAUAUUCGUCACUGGUGUUAGCCACUCACGCACACCCUCACUCUGCAGAACAGCGGGAGAACAUAGAAACCCUACACAAAAAAGCGCCCGAGUCGAGAAUCGAACCUAUUUGUUUCUUGCCGUGAGGCUCGAGGUGUUGUUACCGCAGCGCCGCACCGCUACCUCAUCCAUGGCAUGGUGCGUGGGUGCGGUGGCUGUUGCUGCAGACCCGCUGAGAUGGAGCGGCGUGGAGGCGUCUCGCUGGCUGGCGUGGGCCGAGCGCCACUACUCGCUUCCCCGGCUGGGCGCCGCCUUCUCGGGGCUACGGGGCGCCCAGCUCUGCCUCCUGGGCGAGGGCGACUUCAGGGCGCGCGCGCCCGCGGGCGGGGAGCUGCUCCAUGCGCACCUGGACAUCUGGAAGACAGCUGCCAAGCUCCAGGAUGCUUCUGCCCACGACUCUAACCUGGCACGACACGGCGCGGGGCUCAACAGGGAACCUCACGCCGACGAUCGCGACCUCCGUGACCCCGCGCAGGACAACAUCGGCACCGGUGGCCUGGGAGGAGGAAAGCGCUGCUCCGUUUCGGGUUUUUCGCUUUGUGGUGACGCGUGCAGAACAAGCAGCCGGAGGCACAGGUUACACGUGGGACGCGAGCCACAAGUGCGCAGGUCGACCGACGUCCAGAGGGUCACAGCUGACACCAUCUGGCCCCUCACCUGUGUUCCAGCCCCGCUGGGCAGCACCCACACGGAGGGCCCCCCACCCACCCGAGCCCCCGAGCUGCCCCGGGCACAGCCCCCGGUUCCCCCACAGCCCAUCCACCUGUGGCAGUUCCUGUGGGAGCUGCUUCUCAACCCGCGCGACGGCAGCCGCCUCAUCCGCUGGCUGAAUCGUGACAAAGGAAUUUUCAAGAUCGAGGACUCGGUGGAGGUGGCUCGACUGUGGGGCAUCAGGAAGAACCGCCCCGCCAUGAACUAUGACAAGCUGAGCCGCUCCAUCCGCCAGUACUACAAGAAGGGCAUCAUCCGCAAGACAGAGAUCUCCCAGAGGCUCGUCUACCAGUUCGUGCACCCGCUCUAGGCCCUGGCGUGCAGCUGCCGGUGUCCCCCACCCGGCCCGGCACGCCGAGGUUCGGUGUCCGCCGCGGCGUCAAGCGGAGCGCCUGCAGUACCGGGGGUGGUCCGUGACAUCGUCAGACGUGGUCAAUCCACUGCUAGAUGAAGGCCUCCUCCAGGCACUUGCCGCCACCACCACCAGUCACGAUCCUGUAGUAUAAUUGACCUGAUAAUCCGCCCUAAAGCCUCCACACGAGCAUAUUUUAUAUUUUUAUUUUAUGACAUUGUUCAUUAUAAUUCACAUUGACCAGCAAAUCAUCUCUCAUUUAUCACUUUAAUAUACUCAAGAAAUUGUAUUUUAUAUUCAUUUAUCACAUUUCUUAUAGAUUUAAUGGUAAAGUUACAGCAAAAACCAAGCACAUGGACGAGUCUAUGGCAUUACUCACGUAACUACUCGACGUGUUGCUUCAAUCUACGGUGAUCACGAACUACAGAGCACGGCUGCACGGGGGGGGGGGGGGGGGGGGGGGGGGGGGGUCGAGGUGACCGGGACCACAGACGGUCACAGAGAAAAUGUCGCCAUGGGGUUGUGGAAGAGACGAGCACAGUUCAGUGGAACACUCUCAUGCUCACCACACUCUGGCGGGUCAGAAUGGUCGUCACAAUGAGAAGAUUUCUAAUUGAGAAUGCCCUGCCCGACUUACGAAAUCCCAAAACUUGAAUCCUCACACGAUAACAAACCCCGACCCUAGAACAAGCCCUGAACCUAAGACGUGAACUUCAUCACACGAACCAUGACCCCAAUGCACAAACCCUUAGCCAAUAACACAAAUCCCACUCCUGCAGUGUCUGCGACCCCGACAGUGCGAGCCACUUCACUGCCCGUGUAGCCAGACGCCGGCCACCCAACUCGACGGCAAGAACCCUAAAACCAGAACCACAACAACCCGGGACCAUCGAACACGAACCCAUUGCACAUUCACUAUCAAUAAAUAACGCUAGAACGAGAACGCAAACAGCAGUGACCUCCGUAUAUUCCAUCCAGUUCCCUAUUCCAGCCGCAGGGAGUGUCGUGCACCCCUCUGCCCCGACGCCGACUCGGCCCAGAGCGGCUGCAGAAACUGAACGCAAAUCGCACGUCCAUGAAGCGGCCUCUGAAGCAAAGAGUGUGGACUGGGCACUGAGAAGUGUGCGGCUGCAUACACGCAUGGACUAAAGUGUAAGUGACUUUUCCAUGGAAAAACAAAUAAAACGUGUUGGGAGGGUGAAAGCGCACGGAACGGUUUUCGACAGGCGCUUCCAGGGCAGAGGCCCCUUGGCCGCGCGUCACCGCCACACACGCAACGCGAACCUACACCCACGGCCGACCACGGCCAUUCUGUCGGUAAACGAUGGGAAAUCCCAUCGCAGCAGGAAGGUGCGCGAGGGCUGGAAACGGUUCGACAACGUCCACACAGCACAGAACCCAACGCGUGCGUUCAUAACGCCAUGGUCUUGAAAGGAAAAAUUAUGCACAACAGGCGACGUUCCUUCUUUAUCUGUGUGCCAUUAAGGGCGAUUGCAUGAAACGUCGCAUGUUGUAUUAUUCAUUUUAAGGCCAGUCUUAUUCACCAUUUAGGGUGUUGCUAUACGUGCUUGUGCACUACUGCUAACGCUGCAUCACCAAAUAUAUAUAUAAAUAUAUAAA